AUGCACAUUGGUAACACGGGCCUCAGUGCCGUGCCCACAGCCACUGCGCACCGCCCGUCCCCGCGAACCUCCCCCCCCCCCGGCGCGGAGCAGCCCCACCGCGUCGCCAACCUCAGCAGCGCAGGAGCCCGCACACCUCUAAAAGGAGCAGGGCCAAAUCUCAAGAUGGCCAAGGCGGAUGCCGACGCCAAGGUGUACGCGACCGAGGACUUUGCGGACCGCGCGAGCCGGUCCUCAUGCUGGGUCGCCAUCGGCGACCACGUCUACGACGUCACCGAAUUUCUGGACGAGCAUCCGGGCGGGGACGACGUUAUCUUGGAGGAGGCAGGGACGGACGCGACGGAAAAGUUCGAGGAGAUUGGGCACAGCCUCGCGGCGAGGGACAUGCUCAAGAAAUACGUCGUCGGCAAAUUUAAGGUGGGACGCUCCGUGGAGGGAUGCGCGACCGCCACUCCUUCCCGUGGUGGGGACGGGGUCCCGUGUCUCCUGUGGUCGCUGCCACCUGCCUGA